AUGACGGAUCUUCUUGGCCACUCGGGUAUGGUUGACUGUAAGCCGCUUGCCACUCCAGCAGCUGUCACCAAGUCAAUCACUACGGUGGAUACCCCGUAUGAUAAUCCGACACAGUAUCGACGCAUUGUUGGCGCGUUACAGUAUCUGACGAUCACGCGUCCAGACUUGUCUUAUGCUGUCAAUCGACUUUGUCAGUUCAUGCAUUCCCCGACAGAAGAUCACUGGAAUCUAGUAAAACGAGUCCUUCGAUACAUCAAAGGUACUUUAGACUAUGGGUUGCAGCUUAUUCCGUCCGCUUCUACUGCCAUUCAUGCCUACUCUGAUUCAGACUGGGCUGGCUGUCCCGUCGACAGGAAGAGUACAAGUGGUUAUGCUGUUUAUCUGGGUUCCAAUCUCAUCUCAUGGUUGUCCAAGAAACAGCGCAUUGUGGCUCGUUCUUCCACUGAAGCUGAGUAUAAAACGUUAGUUGAUGUAUCCGCUGAGGUCACCUGGGUUGUUUCAUUACUUCAGGAGCUUGGGUUACACUCUGGUCAACCUGCGACACUAUGGUGUGACAAUCUUGGUGCAACGUAUCUAUGUGCAAACCCGGUCUUCCAUGCUCGCACUAAACAAGUGGAAAUUGACUACCACUUCGUUCGUUACAAAGUUGCUUCAGGGGAUUUCGUGGUGAAUUAUGUGUCUACUACUGAUCAGCUAGACGAUAUCUUCACCAAACCGCUUCCGUCACCGCGUUUUUCUACUCUACGAGGCAAGCUCAAUGUGGCCUCUCUGCCGUCUUGUGCUUGA